CACGUCAUUUUGCUCUCUCCUCGGGUUGAAUAAUCGCGCAGCCUUGUAAACUACGCCUCAAGCAUCGUACUCUACUUCAGGCACCUGCUUUUCUUGUUGCUUUCUUGUUGACCGCAAAAAUAUCAAAGAACGACCUUCCUUGCGCCAUUCUGUCAUACACUCAAUUGACUGACUUACAUGCCGGCGAACGCAGAGUACACCGAGAGACGUACCAUCAUCAUCAUGUCGUGCGGCGACCUCUUUCUGGGGCUCCUGGCCGUGCUCUUCCCACCUAUCGCGGUCUGGAUCAAGUCGGGCAUCUGCUCCUGCGAUUCGCUGAUCAACAUCCUCCUAUGCAUGUUGGGCUAUGUACCCGGCCUGAUCCACGCUUGGUACAUCAUCGCCCGCAACCCUGAACGAGAUUACGACUACGAGCCCAUCCAAGACGCCGAGGGAGCAAGGGUCACGUACUACUACAUCCGGCACGAGCCCAAUAGACGAGACUACGGCACCCAGCAAGGACAAAGACAAGGACAAGGACACAAUCGGCCUGCCCCUCUGCCGCCGAAGCCUCAGGAUCGUCCUGCGCAAACUGGCAAUGGGAGUGGGGAGGGAAGCAAUAGACCUGCACCACCACCUGCAGGUCAACCACAGGGCCCAAGUGUGGGAGCAGGAACCGAAGAGCCUGGAGCUCCUCCAAGCUACUCGGAGGUUGUGAGAGGAGACAACAAAAUUCAAUCUCAGGAUUGAGAUUUACAUGGACAAACCUUGGCUGGGGAAUGUGUGAAAUGAAACUGAAGUUGAAGGCUGAUGGUAAAAGUCGAUGACAAGGCUAGGGUGGGAGUCUUUCGCGAUGGUGGGCGGCGUUGCUGCGAUUGGGGCUGGUAAUUUCUGUCCAACCUGUAUGAAAGUAAAGCUAUAGUCAUAAGGAAUCCCUAUUAAUGUCGGGCGUGAGAACGGCCCAUUUGAGAGCGUUAUUUUCCUCGCCCUAGUUGUCAAACCGCAGAACAUUAAU